AUGAGCGCGUCGAGGUGUUGCUGCGCACUCGACAUCGUGCUCGACGUCGACGCGUUCCAACGCGACUCGGGUGGCGGGUCAUCGUCUGGUCCAUUUGCCUACCAGACCCGUCUUUUAGAGCGUCAUAACGCUCGCGCAGGCUCAAUAUCGCGCUCUGGCUCGCUCUCUGGAACAUCUUUGCUCAACUCUGGGCCCAAUGGCAGCACUGUACCUGCGUCGCCAAGCCCCACGAGGAGAUGGACGCCUGGGCAUCGCGUAGGAGCCAGUUUGGAAGCUGUGAGAGGGAAGUGGGAGGAGAGGGCUAAGGCAGAGGCAGAAGUUGCUCCUGAAAACUCUACCGGCUCCGGCUUUCCUGCUCUCAGCACACCCACAAGAGGAUCUACACAUGCAGGGACACUUGGCCGAUCAGACUCGCUUGCAGCGUCUGGAACAUACGGGCGGGCUGCCUUUCGAAGGUCGACGGAUAAUCUCACUCAGUCGCCUCCUCAGACAGCUGCGGAGGUUCUCGGGCAGCGGACGCCGACGUACCUCAAACGCCGCACGUUGCCAACACCUAUCAUUGCGUCUCCCCUUUCGCCAGAUAGCACCGGGGUAUCUGUCGAAGACCCCGGACCUUCGAUCGGUUCUACAUCCGAUGCCCAUCUUCCCUCAACGUUGACGCCGAAGGUGAACCGCAUCAACCUCCCUAGUAUCGCGCAUUUCCCUUCCCCGGCAUCCACUACGCCCUCUCGCGAUCCGCGUUCUAACAUACUUCCGUCUUCCAUUUCCGGUUCUUCGUCUAUGAGCGCGCGGUCCAAUGUACUACCAUCGUCUAUAGCCGGAUCGUCAGCUACGGUAGGCUAUUCCACCAGGCUGCGACGUGCGAACACGAUUGAGACCAUCGCCGCGAACUUCACCGGGUCUUCAACGCAUUCCACGGCCUCCGAUGUGUCCGUAGCAUCCACCGCGUCCACAGCUACACUCCUUUCCCAAUUUCCUGCUACACCUGGUUCGAGCUCGGUCCCAGCACCAGAACGUGCCACGCUCGGGCGCCGGUCAACAUUUGAGCACAUAUCCAAUUCGCAGUCGCGAGCAGAAUCUCCCGAGAAGCUAGAUUCGCUUUCCUCUAUACGCACUCCCUCCCUCUCUCCAGACAAAACGUUGUACUCGCGAAGCAUCCUCUCCCCUUCUCCCACCCCACUAUCAACUUCACCCGUCAUGUCGCCGUCUCCCUAUCGAUCCUCAUACAUGUCAGCAAAGAAAGCGAGCACCUAUGGCGACAACCUCGUUGUCGGUAGGAAGUUGGGAAGGCAUCUGCCCAGGAUCGCCAGCGGAGACGCGGAUGACGAUUGGGAAGCAGAGGACCAGCCUCCGCCUCCCCCGCCCAUGCCCUUGAAAACGGAGCCCCGCCAUGAGGCUCCACCAUCAGAACCCCCCGAAUCUCCGAGGUUGGAGCGGCGGAACGCGCGAGUCGUGCGGGAUCUUGCCCCUCUUACCGCAAACCCGACGCCGCGUACUCCCGAACGCCGCUCGGUGGAUUUUGGUACCAUGCCUCGAACACCUAUGACGCCUAUAACGCCUAAUUCCCGCACGCCCGCAGCCCUCCCCCUCACGCCCACAACCCCAACUGGUCCUGCUACGGGAGACGACGUUGCCGGUAUCCCUGGCCGCCUCCGCCUUUCGCGUUCCAAUGCCGCUUCCAUAUCCAAGGCCACCGCUCCACUUCCUUCUUCGAAGCUGACUAACAGAGCGGGCAUGGGUCGAUGGGGACUCUGGGCCGAUACUCAACGGCAUCUACUUCAGGCGUACGAAUACCUGUGUCACGUUGGUGAGGCGCAGCAGUGGAUUGAAGGCUGCCUCGGCGAGGAGCUCGGAUUUGGUGUUGUGGAAAUGGACGAAAAGUUGAGAAACGGCGUUGUACUAGCGAAGUUGUGCAGGGUGUUCCAAGGAGAGGGCAUAGUGAGGCGAAUCUGGGACGCACCCAGGCUUGAUUUCCGACACUCCGACAACAUCAAUAUUUUCUUUAAUUUUGUGCGGGAAGUUGGGUUGCCGGAGAGCUUCAUAUUCGAGUUGACGGAUCUUUACGACAAGAAGAAUAUACCGAAGGUCAUAUAUUGCAUACACGCUCUUAGCCAUCUCCUUGCCCGUCGCGGUAUGGCCGAGCGCAUCGGUAACCUCGUUGGACACCUGAAAUUUUCCGACGAUCAGCUUGAACUCACGCAGAAAGGGCUUAACGCAGCCGGUGUUGCCAUGCCAAACUUCGGAAACGUUGGGCGCGAACUGGCCAAAGAUCUCAAUGAAGAGCCGGAGCCGGAACCUGAACCCGAAGAGACGGAUGAAGAGAGACGCGAUCGCGAGCUGAUGGAAUGUGAAGAUUCUAUCGUCGGAUUACAGUCGCGCGCUCGCGCCUUCCUCGUCAGGAAGAAUGUCGCUACUCAAAGGGGUCGCCUCCGUAUCGCAGAACGCUAUGUUCCGAAGCUUCAAGCACGCUGCCGCGCUGUCCUUGUUAGGCGUUCAUUAAACCAGCAGCGCAAGGAGCGGAUGGAUUUAACUCCGUGGGCCAGGGGUAUACAAACCGCCGCACGAGGACUACUAGCCAGACGGGAUUGGAAGCUGCGACUGAGCCGCAUCAAGGCAAUCAAGGGCAUGAUCAUCAAAGUACAAGCGCAGAGCCGCGGGGUACUACAGCGAAGGCGCUUCGCGCUACUCAAGAGUGCCAUACGGAAGAGUAUACCCGCUGUGAUCAAGCUACAGACGAUCGCUCGUGCACGUGUCACGCGCAAAUCCCAUACGGAGGUUGCGAAGUCUUUCGCCCAACCGCAGAUCAUGCAUUCCGUCGUCGCUCUGCAAGCACAGUGCCAUGGUGUCCUGGCUCGCUGGAAAGAUGCUCGCCUUCUUGGGCGUCUGCACAGUGCAGAACCCUACGUCGUCCAACUGCAGGCCCAUACACGCGGUGUGUUAAUGCGUCGACGUGUACGCAACCAACUAGCGAAACUUGAUGAUGUCUCCGGUGUCGUUGUCCGAAUUCAAGCAGCGGUGCGAACGUUCCUCGCUCGCAGACGCUUGCUGGCCCUUAUACGAGGCUUGAGGCGUGCGACUCCAACUGUCGUCGGAUUACAGAGUUUUGCUCGAGCUAAGCUUGCGCAAAGGCAGCAUAAGGCUCUUUCCAAGGCUUUAGGGGAGGUGAAGGUCGUAAAGUCGGUUGGCGGCUUCCAGGCGCUAGCUAGGGCGGCUUUGGCGCGGAAUAGGCACAAGGAGCAAACGAAGCAAUUGGAGUUCUGCGCCCCCGAUGUUACCGGAUUCCAGGCUUCUGCAAGAGGCGCGCUUGUGCGACGAGACUGGCACGCUUGGCGCAAUCACCUUUGGAACAGUCAAGCGGAAGCGUCCAUGCUGCAAGCAUUGAUCCGCGGUGUUCUACAACGGCGCAAAUUCCGUGCGAAAAUGCAGCAUUAUCGCGCGAAUAUGGACAAGGUCGUCAAGAUCCAGUCGCUCUUCCGCGCCAAGGAAACCCGUGAGCAAUACCGCCAGCUUACGCUGGGAAAGAAUGUCAACGUCGGCACGAUCAAGAACUUCGUGCAUCUGUUGGACGACUCCGAAGCAGACUUCCAGGAAGAGUUGCAGGUUGAGCGGCUGAGAAAGAAGGUCGUUGAGGGCAUCCGGGAAAACCAGACUCUAGAGUCAGAAGUCAACGAUCUCGACGUGAAGAUUGCGCUUGUCGUGCAGAACGUGAAGAACUUUGAAGAUGUCAUCAAAGCCCGAAGGCGGCACGAUAAUGCCGGAGCUCACGCUGCCCGCGCUUCACUCCUUGCUGCCCACGGAGACCCCUUCGCCGGGCCGAGCACCCUGGACCAUGAAGCUCGUAGGAAGCUCGAGCUUUACCAGCAACUGUUUUACCUCCUGCAGACACGAGGAGAGUAUCUCAGUAAACUAUUCAUGCAAAUGUCCAUGGGUGAAGUGCCCGAGAGAAAUAGGCGGUUGACAGAGAGGGUCGUCCUCACACUCUUCGGCUAUGCACAGAAUCGCCGAGAGGAUUAUCUCCUUUUGAAACUUUUCCAGACAGCUAUACAGGAUGAAGUGGCUUCAGCUAGGACCAUCGACGACAUCAUUCAUGGUCACCCCAUGUACAUGAAUAUCGCCGUGCAAUAUGUUCGCCCAAAGCAAGUACCUUUCGUUCGGGAGACGCUACAAUCGGAUGUCCGUUACGUUCUCGACGCGGAUGACCUCGACCUGGAUGUCGAUCCAUGCGCUAUUUACCGUGCUAGGAUCGAGCUGGAAGAGAUGCGGUCCGGUGUCACCAGCUCGAAACCCAAGGAUCUACCUUUCUACCAAGCACUGGAAGACCCUCCUACGAGAGUCAAAUACAUUCACCACCUGCAAAACCUGCAAUGGCGCUCGGAGUCUUUCCUAAACGCCUUGCUUCGCUCCACCAAGAGAAUGCCUUAUGGGAUGAGAUACCUUGCUCGGGAGACCCUGCGCACAUUGCAGGAGCGCUUUCCUGAUGCUCCCACGGCAGCGUACGCAUCAUGUAUGGGACGGCUGAUAUUUUAUCGUUAUAUCAAUCCUGCUAUCUUGACGCCUGAAACAUUUGACAUCGUUUCCUCGACCAUCGAUAUCACGUCGCGCAAGAAUCUCGCACAUGUUUCGAAGGUGCUGGCACAGGUGACAAGUGGCACCGAAUUCGGAGACGACACGCCUGGUUAUGUUCCGAUCAACGACUUUGUACGGGUGGCGAUCCAUCAAAUGAGUGCAUGGUUCAUGGAAAUUGCAAAUGUCCCCGAUGCUGAAACCGAGUUUCACGCACACGAGUUUCUUGAUGCAACUGUGCAGCCUCGACCGAUUUACAUCUCACCGAACGAGGUUUACGCGAUGCAUUCGCUGUUAUCGCAGCAUCUAGAUGGCCUCGUCAAUGGGCGGGACGAUCCUCUAGCUGUGAUCUUGCACGAGCUUGGAGGUGUCCCCAAUCUUGGCAGCGAUGAGCUGAAAGAUGCACGGGAUACUGCCAUUACCCUCGAACUCACCAACCGUUUCGCUCACGUUCGAGAUCCUAAAGCGGACGAGAAAACUUACUGGGUGCAAGCCAAACGUGGCGUGCUCGCCAUCCUCAGAGUACAACCUGCCAAGGAUCUAGUCGAGUCUCUCAUGCAGCCUGUCACCGAUGCCCACGAGAUAACUUGGGAAGAGAUUGUUGAGAAUGAAAUGAUCAUGGAUCACAAACAACACAGAAACAACCGCCAACCUUCGGCGACAGGUUACGAGUCGGCUUAUCGGCUGGAGGACAUCCGACAAAUGACUUUCCGUGAGGUCAAGGCCCAUGCAAUCUUUUACCUCAUCGAGCUGGAGAAGAUGGGCAAGAUUACUCGGACUGAUGGCUAUCAGGGCAUCCUGAACGCUAUUGCUGGCGACGUUCGGAGCAAGCAUCGGAAACGUUUGCAACGUCAGCAGGAGAUGGAGAGCAUGCACCAAGCUCUCAAGCAUCUGGCGGACCGCAAAAAAUACUUCCAAGAGCAGAUCAAUAGUUAUCACGACUAUGUGGAGGAGUCAAUGCGGACUAUGCAACGCGGCAAGGGCAAAAAGCGCUUCGUCAUGCCCUUCACCAAGCAAUAUUUCCACCUUCGCGACCUGCAGAAGUCCGGAAAGUCACCGCAGUUUGGCUCGUUCAAGUACAGCGCCCAGAGCUUCUACGACAAAGGCAUACUGCUUUCAAUCGACCAGUUCUCUCCCAAACAGUUCGACAAGAUCGACAUUGUCAUCUCGUCGAACCAGGUUGGCGUAUUCACGAUGGAGAUUUUCAACAAUGCGCUGGGCAUCACCAAUAGAGUUGCCGCUGCCGAUGUCAAGAUGGAAGACCUCCUUCAAGCUCAAUUCGAAAACAAAUCCGCCAUCAGUUUAUUCAAGGGUAUCGCUAAGUUCAACCUCAAUCUUCUGCUAUAUCAAAUCAACAAGAAGUUCUAUGUAUAACAGCUCCCUGAAAGUGUAUCGCAUAUCUUGACUCGUGCUUCACAUUGUUUUGACGACUUUUCAUGACUAUCGCAACGUCCGCAUCUCGCACUUGUUCGCAACGCAUGUCGUAUGCGUAUGUAACGCGUUACUGUACUUCUCCGCCGAACAUGAAUACAAGUCCCGGCUCGUAUCUAAUCCGUAGGCUCCGCGGACAAGGUAAGAGGAGGGUUGGGCUUCUGCUUGAAGAAUCGCUUUCGCCUCUCCUCCUGUUCCUCCGCCGUGCCACCGUGUAAGGUCUCGCCAGCGUAGUCGAACACGCCAACGGUCGCCCCAAGAAUCGCACAGGAUCCGACAGCAGCCGGUAACGAACGCGCUCGUAUGCCGGCCAGGAACCCUGCAGCGCAUCCACCGACGAUACCGUUGAGAGGGUCGUCCUUCUCUCGGGUGUUCGCGACUACUGCCUCAGUCACGGCAAACGUUGCGCCAAUAGCAGCAAAGAAACCGAUUGUUCCUCCCGUUCUUGUGAGGAUACCAGAGGCUCCCUGCCCAUGCGGUGCAAGUGCGUUUUGAAUAGCACUAACGAAAGCCCCCACUCCGGCAGCCUGAGCUCCGACUUUGGUGGCAUAUCCUAGCGAGUGUUUGGGUUCAUAUGUUGAUGAUUGGCCGGAGGACAUGUUGAGCCCGGCACAGGCGCGAGACUAUGACUGGUGCAGGAAGUGGCCGGAGGUGGCCG